GCAUUGAAAAUGACUUUGCCGUUCUUAAAGAACUACACCGAAAUAUGCUAACUUAAUUUUACUUUUUUUUAAAAAAUGGGAAGGGUAUGUGUGGUUUUCCUAGGUGAUGGGCUACAGUUUGAGAGAAUAAGAAUACACCAUUUCCUUCUUCCGAGUCGUACACUGCCGUCAGAUUUCUGGGAAGUCAGUACUUUGAAUUCUGCUAUCCCCUCUAGAUACCAAAACAUAUCUUUAGUGUUCUGUUUCAAAUCAACACUUACUCCCACCAGGCGCACUUAUUCUCGAGACUCAGCGGUCAGCUAAUGACGUUUUAAAUGACGCAGUCAGCAAAGAACCUCUCCCUUAGCCCAGCCUUUCUCAGACUUUCUUAAGGACCUGGCGAGUCAGUUACACUCGGCUUUCGUUUGCUUCUCUCUUAACUCCUUAGGGUGCCUCUCGGUGUUUGAUUAGUAAGGCUCCGCAGAGACGGGAAGUGAGAUAUUCCACUGUUCUGCGUUCGAUGGGGGGACGUAGCAGUCUGGGUCCGAUCGUACCAUUUAGCGGCUGGGCUCGGGGGGAGGGGAGGGAGUUGGAGGGCCGUAGGGCGCCAUUGGGCACCACGCUCCGAGGACGGGAAAAUGGCGGCCCUAGGGUCCCCGGCGCGCACUUUACGAGGCCUUCUGCGGGAAUUGCGCUACAUGAACGAGGCCAUGGGCCGACCCUAUCGUGACACCGCGGCCUAUCGGUACCUCGUGAAGGCUUUCCGUGCACAUCGGGUUACCAGUGAGAAGCUGUGCAGAGCCCAACAUGAGCUUCAUUUCCAAGCUGCCACCUAUCUCUGCCUCCUACGCAGCAUUCGAGAACAUGUGGCCCUUCAUCAGGAAUUUCAUGGCAAGGGUGAGCGCUCAGUGGAGGAGUCUGCUGGCUUAGUGGGUCUCAAGUUACCCCAGCAGCCUGGAGGGAAGGGCUGGGAGCCAUGAGAAUGGAGAGAGUCCUUGGAUGCUGCCGUCAUACAAGAAUUUCAUCAUCUUUCAAUAUGUAUUUAUCAUUAAAUUUUUAUUUAAGUU